UCGCAGGUCGCGGCCGGUGUCACCCAGGCGCAGGCUGAUGAUGACAACAGAGUUUAAAUUCUUCCUUCUAAAAAUCGUAUUCUUUAGUUUUAUUAAUAAAUUAACUAAUAGAUCCUGAAUUAUUGCAUUAAUCUAGCUGUUUUAAAAAAUUAAAUAAAGUGAUUUUAGCGAUAAAAUGUGGAGACUGAAAACCAUCAGACAUAAAGCAAGUCGAUCUGCCAAUGAUUUGGAGGAGUUUAAACAUAAAAAGAGAGAAUUUGAGAAAGCUCUUAGGCAGGCGAGAAGAGACAGACAGCUUAUCAGUAAGAGACUGCUGCAGAAUGAAGAUGAAGACUCUGUGGAGACAGACUCUGUCCAUCUGUCACCUGAACAGGUCAGAGAGAUGAUACGUGGCAUCCAGUGUGGUGGUGAGGAGAAAGCAACUCGUCUUGCAUCUCUUAGAAAAGCUCUUCGAAACCCUGAGACCCAACUCACUUUCAUCAAGUCAGAAAGCAGCAUGCAUAUGUUGAUCGGGCAGCUUAGUGGUCAUAAUGCCCAGUGUCAGCUGGAGGCUGUUCGCUCUCUUCAUGAGCUGUCUCACUCUCCUCACCCCAGCGUAGGUCAAGCGUGUCUGUCUGCCAGCCCGUACCUCCUCACGUACCUCUCCGGUCAGAGCCCGAAACUGACGGAGCUCUGUUUAUACACUCUGGGAAACUUGUGUCCUGACAACGGUUUAUGCAGAGAGAAGCUUCUGGCUCAGGGAAUCAUUUCGGCAUUGGCAAACUGCAUUCAGAGUCAAAAGUAUAAUCUGGCUGUGGUGGAGGCUGCCGGCUUUGCCCUGUCUCAGCUGCUACAGGACAGUCUUUGUACUGAUAAAAUUAUACCCGCAGUUGUGGAUUCAGGAAUAAUACCGGAUUUGAUCUCCGGGUUGAAUCCAGAUCGUGACUUUGGCUUUGGACCAGCAAUUGAGUGUGCGUGGUGUUUACACUAUUUAAUUAGCAGUAAUUUGGAUAGCAAGGUGCUGGUGACUCAAGGGGCUCUUUCACAGUGCAGUGCUGUUUUAAUAACACUAGGGGGCACCGUUGCUAAAGGAAACCUUGAGGAUGGACUUGAACUGCUCAUUUGGCCUCUCCUCCGUUGCCUUGGUAACCUGCUGGUCAGCGAAGGGUGUGAUGUAAUGCCGGAGGACACGCGCCUUCUCGCCGCGCUGUGCGUCUUCAGUCAGGCUUAUCUGCAACCUCACAUGGGUCUGAGCAGAGAGAGCCUGUGGGUGCUCAACAACCUCACAGCUGGUUCCAGUGGAUUCUGCUCUGGUCUCGUGCUCCUCAACUUGGUUCCUAUGUUAAUCAAUCUUCUGUCCUUCUCCAAAGGAAUCAAUUUAAUGGUGCUAAGAGUUUUGGGUAAUAUUGCCCAUAAUGGCCCAGAAUACUGUGUUCGGUUGACUCAAGCUGGGGUGCUCAGCGGCCUUUGUGCCACGCUCAAAAUGGCCGAGCCGGAGGUGGUUACUCUAAGCCUGGAAGUCCUGCACAUGUUGGUGUCCAGCAGCCCACAGGUGAUUGAGGAGUUCACCCGGUUGAACGGUGUUCCUCUACUGGAGGUGAUUCAAUAUAACAGUGAAGCAGAACAGCGUGUCAGAGCUGCUUAUAUUCUCGAUAAUCAUUUCUCUGAGGUGGAACAUCUUUCGUAAUAACCUAUCGGAGUCCAACCACAGAACAGCAGAAAUGAACUGUUGAUGUUUUUUAAGACAAAAUUCACAGUUAGAUGCAUUUUAGCAUUUGCAAAAUUAUUCAGGUUCUCUGGUUUUCUAAAGCAUCCUGCAAGUACGGCUCAUACUGUAUUUUUAUGGUAGGCGUAUUUACGUUUAUUGCUACCUGCUGUUCCCACAGACCCGUAUACACAAAGUGCAGCAUUUUCUGUAAGUACUUAACCUGACUAUGCUGUCCUUUAAAUUAAAUACAGAAAGUUACCCAAAGGCUACUCGGAUACUCAGAUUGUUUACAAUACAAAUAUUAUAUUAUAUUAUAUUAUAGUAAGUGUUAUUAUGAAUUCUGCUAUAUGUAUAUUAAUUAUUAUAUUAAGUCAGCUUUAUUGUCAAUUCUGCUAUAUGUACAGGACAUACAGAGGACUGAAAUACUGUUUCCCUCAUACUCAUGGUUGAGACCCAACAUAAGACAAGUGUCGACCGCUAAGAAAAAUAAGAUUAAACAAAAUAAUAAAAAAUACUAAAGAAAAGAAUAAAAUAAGUAUAUAAAAUACAAUUUAUAUUAUAUUAUAUCAUACAAAUGUAAUGUAUUAUGUUAUAUUAUACCUAGAAUUAACAAUUAACACUGCUGUAUUUUUUUGUAAGUCAUAAUAAAAUAAUGGGAAAUUGCUUCAAACUUCUUCAAAUU